AUGUCAACCAACCUUGAAGAUGUUCCAAUUGAGGUUUCCAAAGUCUUUGACACCAUCUUGGUGUUGGACUUUGGUUCCCAAUACUCCCAUUUAAUCACUCGUCGUUUGAGAGAGUUUAACGUUUACGCUGAGAUGUUGCCUUGUACUCAAAAGAUUUCUGAAUUGUCUUGGAAACCAAAAGGUAUCAUUUUGUCAGGAGGACCAUACUCUGUUUACGCUGAAGAUGCCCCACAUGUUGAUCACGAUAUUUUCAAAUUGAAUGUCCCAAUCUUGGGUAUUUGUUAUGGUAUGCAAGAAUUGGCAUGGAUCAAUGGUAAGGGUGUUGCUAGAGGUGACAAGAGAGAAUAUGGUCCAGCCACUCUACGUGUUGAGGAUAAAGACAGUGCCUUGUUUAAAGAUAUCGAUCACUCACAAGUAUGGAUGUCCCAUGGUGACAAGUUGCAUGCUUUACCAACCGGAUUCAAAGUAGUCGCCACCUCAGACAACUCCCCAUACUGUGGUAUCUCCAACGAAGCUGAAAAAAUUUACGGUAUUCAAUUCCACCCGGAAGUGACUCACACUUUGCAAGGUAAGCAAUUGUUGAAAAAUUUUGCUGUUGAUAUCUGUCAAGCUCAUACAAAUUGGAGUAUGGAAAACUUUGUCGAUACUGAAAUUGCCAGAAUUAGAAAGUUGGUUGGACCAACCGCUGAAGUCAUUGGUGCCGUUUCUGGAGGUGUUGAUUCCACUGUAGGUGCUAAGAUCAUGAAGGAAGCUAUUGGUGACAGAUUUCAUGCAAUCUACGUUGACAAUGGUCUUAUGAGAUUGAACGAGACAGAGAGUGUUAAAAAGACCUUGGAUGAAGGCUUGGGUAUCAACUUGACUGUGGUUGAUGCCGGCGAUUUAUUCCUUGGAAGAUUGAAGGGUGUCACUGAUCCCGAGAAAAAGAGAAAGAUUAUUGGAAACACAUUCAUCAAUGUUUUUGAAGAAGAAGCUGCUAAGAUCAAACCCCACGAUGGCUCCGAGGUUGAAUAUCUUUUACAAGGUACUUUGUACCCUGAUGUCAUUGAGUCCAUCUCUUUCAAAGGUCCCUCACAAACAAUCAAAACACAUCACAACGUUGGUGGUUUGUUGGAGGACAUGAAAUUGAAAUUGAUUGAACCAUUGAGAGAAUUGUUCAAGGAUGAGGUUCGUCAUUUGGGUGAAUUGUUGGGAGUCCCACAAGACUUGGUAUGGAGACACCCAUUCCCUGGUCCUGGUUUGGCAAUUAGAGUACUUGGUGAAGUUACCAAAGAACAAGUCAAGAUUGCUCGUGAAGCUGACGCCAUUUUCAUUGAAGAGAUCAAAAAAGCUGGUUUAUACAGACAAAUCUCACAAGCUUUUGCUGCUUUGUUGCCAGUUAAAUCCGUUGGUGUUAUGGGUGAUCAAAGGACCUAUGAGCAGGUCAUUGCUUUGAGAGCCAUUGAAACUGUUGAUUUCAUGACUGCUGAUUGGUUUAUCUUUGAUGCUGCAUUCUUGAAGAGAGUUGCAUCGAGAAUUGUCAACGAAGUUGAUGGUGUCGCUCGUGUCACCUACGAUAUCACUUCUAAACCACCAGCUACUGUCGAAUGGGAAUAG